AUGAGCUUCCCAGGCAUGACUCCGCCAGGCAUAGGCGGUGCUGGAGGGGGUAGUAAUAUGCAAGGGAUGACUGAGCAGGAGCAGGCGAUGGUUAAGAUGAUGUACGCCGCGAUGGAAUCAUGUCCCAUGAAAACCGCCAUUUCAGGAACGAUGGGAUUCGCACUUGGCGGUGCUUUUGGUUUGUUCAUGGCUAGUAUGUCCUACGAUAGCUCCCUCACCCCCCAAGGCCGCGAAAUCUCCAACCUCCCCUGGCGCCAACAGCUCCGGCACGGAUUCAAGGAUAUGGGUGCCCGGUCAUAUUCCAGCGCAAAGAACUUCGGCAUCGUCGGCGCGUUGUACUCUGGUACGGAAUGCUGUAUCGAGGGACUCCGGGCGAAGAACGAUCUCACGAAUAGCGUUGCGGCGGGUUGUAUUACGGGAGGCAUUCUGGGUGCGAAGGCUGGCCCGCAGGCGGCUGCUGCAGGAUGUGUGGGAUUUGCGGCAUUCAGUGCAGCGAUUGAUGCGUAUAUGAGGAUGCCUUCGGAGGAGUGA